UUCAUUCAAACAUACAGAAGACAAUGGAAACGCCUCUUCCAGAAACCCCAGACACAAAUUCAACAGACGAAAUAACAAAUUUAAAACAAAUCCGUCAACAAAUCGAAUCACGUAUCGAAACCCUCCACAAUUCACAGCUAGAAAUCAUUUCAUCUCUCCAUCACGGCGUUGUUCCCGACAUUGCGUCUUCACUCGAUCUCCAUCUCAACGUUAUCUCCUCUUUCAAUAACCGCCAAUUCACCCCUCUCCCUAAACCCUUACCAAACCCUAACCCUAAACGCCGUAUCAUCCCCCUGCCACCUGCUCCGCCCAUCAAACUUUCCGGCGAUUCGGUAACGAACCUGUCGCCGGGGGAUGAUUUUUCCGUGGAUGACGUGGCCCCGUUGACUACUGUUAGGUCAAUGGUGGCGGUGUGUUUGUUGGAGAGAGUCCCGUUUACGGAGAUUGAUUCUGUUGGGAUAUUGAGUAAGUUGGAGAGCGAGGGUUUUCAGUCUGUUACGCCUGCGGAAAAGGCGGUGCUACGAGAAGUGGCUGGCGGUGAAUCGAUUGUGGCGGUGGAGAUGGCGUUGAGGUCGAUUGCAGACGAUAACGGCGGAGUUCAGUUAGAGGAAGUUAGGAGUAAUGGAAAAGUUAGGGUUUUAGUUAAAGGAAUUGAUAGAAGUAAGUUAGUUAAAGAAUUGCCCGAAACUAAACAACAACAAUCGAACGAUUCGAGUAAUUUAAUUAGUAAUAAUGUGAGUAAUAAUAAUAAUGUUGGAAAUAAUUCGGGUGGUGGUUGGAUGGGGCAGGGUAUGAUGGUUAGGCAUAGAGGAGGGUUGAACGUUAAUCCGAUGAUGCAUAGACCGCAGACGCCAAUGGGAAUGUAUUCGUCGCCUAUGAGUGGAAGUGUUUCAAAUGGGAAGCCACCAAGGACGGAAGAAGACGAUCUUAAGGAUAUCGAAGCUUUGCUAAAUAAAAAGUCAUUUAAGGAGUUGCAGAAGUCGAAAACUGGAGAGGAGUUGUUGGAUCUUAUUCAUCGGCCUACUGCAAAGGAAACUGCAGUUGCUGAAAAGUUUAAAAGUAAAAAUGGUCCUCAAGUAAAGGAGUAUUGUACUGCUUUGACGAAAGAAGAUUGUCGACGUCAAUCUGGUUCGUUUAUCUCUUGUGAAAAGGUUCAUUUCCGGCGUAUAAUUGCUGCUCAUACUGAUAUGAACCUUGGUGAUUGUUCUUUCCUUGACACCUGCCGUCACAUGAAGACUUGCAAGUAUGUACAUUAUGAACUUGAUUCAACACCAGAUAUGCCGCAUAUGAUGAUGGGAAAUCCUUCCAAGCCAUUAAAGCCUCAGCGUGCAGAGUACUGCUCAGAAGUGGAGCUUGGUGAAUCGCAGUGGAUUAACUGUGACAUUCGCAACUUUAGAAUGGAUAUAUUAGGACAGUAUGGAGUCAUAAUGGCUGAUCCACCAUGGGACAUUCAUAUGGAAUUACCUUAUGGCACCAUGGCUGAUGAUGAGAUGCGAAAUCUGAAUAUCCAAGCAUUACAGACUGAUGGUCUUAUCUUUCUUUGGGUAACUGGACGAGCCAUGGAACUUGGACGUGAAUGCUUGGAACUGUGGGGAUACAAGCGUGUUGAGGAAAUUAUAUGGGUAAAGACCAAUCAGCUUCAACGGAUUAUAAGAACAGGACGCACUGGCCAUUGGCUCAAUCAUAGCAAAGAACAUUGCCUUGUUGGUAUUAAAGGAGAUCCCAUAGUAAACAGGAAUAUCGAUACUGAUGUCAUUGUUGCAGAGGUCCGAGAAACAAGCCGGAAACCAGAUGAGAUGUACCCUUUGUUGGAGAGAAUCAGUCCAAGGACAAGAAAGCUUGAAUUGUUUGCUAGAAUGCACAAUACCCAUGCAGGGUGGAUGUCACUUGGUAAUCAAUUAAGUGGAGCUCGACUAGUGGACGAUGGACUAAGGGCAAGAUUCAAGGCUGCUUAUCCUGAAGUUGAGGUGCAGCCCCUGUCUCCUCCUAGAGCCUCUAAUAUGGAAGUGGACGCUGAGACAAGAAGUCCAUUUACUCCAUCAGAAUCAAAGCCAAUGUCUGCUCAGUUUUCUGAUGUUAGACCUCCAGAGCAAACCUAUGCAGCCGAAUCAAAGCCAAUGAAUCUUGAUGUCGAGAUGACAACUGCAUAAUAUUAUGUUAUUGUACUAGUGUAUUGCUUUUACAACUGAUGUUUUCUUAAUCUCAUCACAAGAAAACAAUAUUACGGCUGAAAUGUAACGUUAUUGUUAGAUCAAAUUGAGUUAUGUUGUUUAACAUGAA